AAUUUCAUUAAUUAAAUAUAUACAUUUUCUCAUUUAAUCAAAUCUCUCUCCACGAAAAGUAAAUCAAAUCUUUCUCUCUCAUCUCAUACAAUAUGGAGAAAGAUUCUUGGGCAGAUCUGUGGGACAACAAUCAGUCGACGGCGAAAACAACCGACGACGGUAAAAGCGGCAGCGGUGGAGGUGGUGGGUCGGGUAAAUACAAAGAGAAGAUGGAGGCUGGACUGGGGAAAACGAAAGCGGCGGCGAGUUCGGGGUUUAAGAAAGUGAAGACGGGAACGUCGUUGGGUCUUAGCUGGGUCAAAGACAAGUAUACCAAAACCACCUCCAAGAAGAAUUGAUUUCUUUUGCGUUUCGAUUUCGCAUUAAAUAAUAAUGGGGUUUUGUAUAAUCGAACAGAUAUGAUAAUAUCGAAUAUUAUUUGUUUUGGAUU